CGUUUGUAAACAUGCCUGUAUGGAGUAAAGUGUGACAAAGGUAAUGCAGUCCGGUCAGUUGAAGUAUUGCCAGGUGAGGUGUGUUGACUGAACUUUGUCACUUUAUUAAGUUACAAAGUUCAGGCAGCACAGUUAAAAGAAGUGCGAUAACUUGCACUGUGUGGUCGGCAGCUUCCAUGGCUCAACUAACGUAUGUUUCGAGGUCGGUCGGCUUGAUUACUCUCCAAAAUCCGCCUGUCAACGCACUCAGUGCAGCGGUGAGGCAGGGCAUUGUCGACACGGUAGAGAGAGCACUCAAUGAUCCGAAGGUGAAGUCUGUGGUCAUCUGUGGCCAGAAUGGAAUCUUCUGCGGGGGGGCGGACAUCACCGAGUUCAACAAAAACAUGACCGGGCCUCCACUGGUACCGAUGAUCCACGCCAUUGAGGCUAUGAACAAGCCGGUUGUGGCAGCCAUAGAAGGAAGUGCUUUCGGCGGAGGCCUCGAGGUGGCGCUGGGCUGUCAUUAUCGAAUCGCACACUCUAAAGCCAGACUGGGGCUUCCAGAGGUGACUCUGGGUCUGCUGCCAGGUGCAGGGGGAACCCAGCGUCUGCCAAGGCUCAUUGGGAUCCCAGCUGCCUUGAGCCUCAUCACCACAGGCCGCCAUGUGACUGCCACCGAGGCACUUCAACUUGGCAUCGUGGAUCAGGUUACUGAUCACAACGCUGUGGACGUAGCUGUGAAGUUCGCCCAGAGUAUUGCAGGUCAGCCACUGGAUUACCGUCGUAUAAGUAACUAUCCAUGUCCACGCCCGUCUGAUUUGGAUGCUCUGUUUGAGGACAUGAUGCAGAAGGUGCGUCAGAGUGCGCGUGGAGCCAUAGCACCAGUUGCAUGUGUCCAGGCGGUGCGGGCGGCUGCCACCCUGCCAUACGCUCAGGGUAUGGAGCGGGAGAAAGAGCUGAUGGCCACUCUCUUCACCUCAGGCCAGGCCCGCGCCCUGCAGUACUUCUUCUUUGCUCAGAGAGCUGCUGGCAAGUGGAUGAUGCCCAGUGGAGCCCGAUGGGACACAAGCAAGCCCAGGCCCGUACAUAAAGCAGCUGUCAUUGGUCUCGGCACCAUGGGGAGAGGCAUAACAGUGGCCCUGGCCCAGACAGGGUUGUCUGUGGUUGCUGUGGAGACCCAGGAGAAGCAGUUAAUGGAGGCAAAGCAGGAAGUAUCUGGCAUGUUGCAGCGAGGAGCUAAGAGACGUGGGGUGGCUCCUGCACUUGAUAGGAUCAGCUACAGCCAGAACAUCCAGGCUGUAGCAGAUGUCGACCUGGUCAUCGAGGCUGUGUUUGAGAACAUGGCCCUAAAGAAGAAAGUCUUCCAGCAGCUGUCUGCUGUUUGUAAACCAGGCACUUUCCUGUUCACCAACACCUCUACACUAGACGUGGAUCAGCUGGCCUCUGAAACCCCCAACCCAGAACUGGUGGUUGGGAUGCAUUUCUUUGCCCCAGCCCAUGUCAUGAAGCUGCUGGAGGUGGUGUAUGGGCCACGGUCCUCUCCUCAAGCUGUGGCCACUGCCAUACAACUGGGAAAGAAAAUGGGCAAAGCCAGUGUGGCAGUCGGCAACUGCCAUGGCUUUGUGGGGAACCGCAUGCUGAAACCUUACAUCAACCAAGCUUCCUUCCUGUUGGAGGAGGGAGCCACACCUGAGUUGGUAGAUCGAGCGCUGGUGGAGUUUGGCUUUUCAAUGGGUGCGUUCAGAAUGUCUGACCUUUCUGGACUCGACAUAGCCUGGAAAAUCAGGAAGGAAGAGGGGAUGGUGCAGCUUGGCAUGGCAUCGGGGCCGUCUGCUAGAAUCCGACAUGGCUGCAGGUACAGCCCCCUGGGAGACCUGCUCUGUGAGCAGGGACGGUUUGGCCAAAAAUCAGGCCAAGGAUGGUACCAGUAUGACAAACCAGGAGGUCGUAUUGCCAGAUCUGAUCCCUGGCUGCAUAGGUUUCUGGAGGAGUACCGAGCCCGGCACGGCCUAGUGGCGCGCAACAUAGACCAGCAGGAGGUGCUGGAGCGCUGCCUCUAUUCUCUAAUCAAUGAGGGCUUCCGCAUCCUGGAGGAUGGAAUAGCUGCAGGACCUGAAGACAUCGAUGUCAUCUAUGUCUUUGGCUACGGCUGGCCCAGGCACCGUGGAGGUCCCAUGUUCUACGCCGGCAUGGUGGGGCUUGCUAAGGUCCUGGAGAGGCUGGAGCACUACCACCAGGCUCACCCUGAUGUACCCAGCCUGCAGCCCUGCGGCCUCCUCAGGAGGCUGGUGGCCAGUGGCAGCCCACCUGUCAACAAGUGGAGGGAAGUCAUCAAGAAACUCCACAGCCAGCUUUAAAUCUGGAGAUCAUCAGCUUUAAUCUCUUCAUUCACUUUGAUAAUGGAGGUCUUACACUGUGAUUAACUUUUAAUGAACUGCACUUACACAGGCUGAUCUUUUUUCUUUUUCUAUACUGUGAUUAUGGAUGAUAUUCAAGGAGGCUGUUGUGCUUUCAGGGAUUAAUAAUCAUAUCUCUGACUGUGGGCCAACACCAAGUUACCAGUUUAUUCGUCAGGAAUAUACGGUGUAAUAAACUUCAUCACAUCAACUAUAAACCAACACUUAUAGAGUUUCUGAUGUUGACACUAUCAGAGAUGUUGAUUCAGCUUACAAAACACUGAUUGUACUGUAUCAUUUCUAAUAUUUCUAAUAUAUUUUAUUUUCUAAUAUUUACCUGUGUAUGUAAAUGGGUGUGGUCAAACUGCUAGAAACACUUGAAAUAGGUGAUUUCAUUUAAUGUCCUAUAUUAGGCUUGAAUCAUGUUUAAUAAAUGUUGGUACAUUUAACUGUAUGUACAAUUUGUAAUAAUAAAAAUAUCUAUCAUCUGAUGCCUUAAUAAAGAUCUGUUAUAUACUCGUG